UCUCAUUGUUUCUCUUUAGUUUUAUGAAUGAAUAUGAAGAGUACUCCUUCCUCCUUUUUCUCCUCUGUGGUUCUGCUCCUCCUCUCCCGUCCCCCUGCUCCUCCUCUUUUACCUCCUGCUCCUCCUCUCUUACCUCCUGCUCCUCCUCUUUCUCCUGUUUCUCUUCCCUCUUCUCCUCCGGUUUUCAGUUGAAGUUCAAGGAAGAUAUUAGAUGUGUAAACGAUUGGCUGGUUCUGGUUCCAUACUAUGCUGUGCGACAGGUCUCCUGUUGACUUGGAAGUGCGCCGACGAUCGUCUCCCUACGCUGUUCACUCUGUCGUCCCUCCUUCCUGCCUGGCCUCAUUCAGUAACCUCUCUACCAGCUUGGCUUGUUGUGUUGUCGGGGGUAACGCUGUUGCCGGGGACGAUGUCUGAGCACAUGCAGCUGUCCUUCGCUCUGUGUAGGAUCGGCUUCUAUACGUGUUUCCGGGCACUGUGUUGUAAAGGACCUCCCCCGUCCAGACCAGAGUAUGAUGUGGUGUGUAUCGGACUGACUGGGGCAGGCAAGAGCAGCCUACUGGCGUGGCUGUGUAACGAAGGGAGCCACGGCAUCGGUCCUACCACAGGCUUCAGCAUCAAAGCAGUACCGUUCCCAAACGCCAUCUUGAAUGUAAAGGAACUCGGAGGAGCGGAGAACAUUAAGAAGUACUGGUCUCGGUACUACCAGGGUUCUCAGGGUGUGGUAUUCGUAUUGGACAGCGCUUCUUCAGACGAGGAGUUGGAGUCGGCCCGUAACGAGCUCCACUCUGCCCUGCAGCACCCCCAGCUCUGCACCCUACCCUUCCUCAUACUGGCCAACCACCAGGACAAACCUGCUGCACGCCCACCCAACCAGAUAAAGAAAUACUUCGAGCUGGAGCCUUUAGCCAGGGGGAAGCGUUGGAUCCUGGAGGGCAGUACGACAAACAACAUGGUGGCCGUGAAGGAGAACUUUAUCCAGCUAAUCAGACUACUGGAGGACACGGACACAGGGCUACCUGCAAGGAUAUGAUGCUAAUGCUACAUUAGACACAGGGCUACCCGCAAGGAUAUGAUGCUAAUGCUACAUUAGACACAGGGCUACCUGCAAGGAUAUGAUGCUAAUGCUACAUUAGAAACAGGGCUACCCGCAAGGAUAUGAUGCUAAUGCUACAUUAGCAUCUUAUAACAAAGGACAUCAUAGCUUACAAUUCUAGGGAGAGAGAACGUUUUUGUAAUGUUACCCAUAAUGUUCCCAUAAUUUUUGAAUGUCCAGUUUUCCGUUAGUUAGGGGAACAUUCUAUGUUAGCAAAGAAAAACUUCUGAGAACCUUUUUAGCAUGGUGUUAAAGUUAGGAGAAUAUUCCCUUAAUGUCAAGCAGAACUUAUCUAGAACGUGGUUACAACGUUCUCAGAAUAUAGAACAUUAAUGUUCUAGACACGUUUUGUAGGACGUUGCAAGAAUAUUCCCGUGUACAGUUUUCUGAGGGUUAGGAAACUUGCUUCUACACCUGCAUUGCUUGCUGUUUGGGGUUUUAGGCUGGGUUUCUGUACA